ACGGUUUGGUUCAUCUCCGGUGGCUGUUCGUCUUCCCUGAAUGCCUUAAUCAGUGUUCAGGGUCUGAAUGCCUUAAUCAGUAUUCACGGUUAUGAUGGAUUCAAGCAAAUGGGAAAUUUCUGGGAUGUAGAUCGUAGAAAUGAAUCCAGCAUUCGAAUUUUGCCCCGUGAAUGCCAGCACUGGAUGCAUGAAAGCCGGUCUGCCAAGGAAGAUUGAUGCCCAGGGAAUCCUGUGAGAAUAACUAUUCUUGGCAUCACCUGCUGCCAUUCUCACCUGCAUGAGAUUAUUCAAGAUGGCAGCAGUUGUAGAACAGCAUCAUGGAUUCAAGCCGCUCAGCCGUUCUCAGAGAUGCAGACUCCAAUCUUUCACCGAUUACAAUUUUCUCGAUCCUAGCCAAGCCGCUCUUGCUCAUUCUAUAAAACAAUUUCACCGAAGCUUCUCCACCCCUUGCCUUUCCCUUGCCACAAACGUGGAGGAAGAAUAUGACACCAGCCCAAGGAUUGAGAUUCUCGGUGGCCAGGGAGCCCCUAGAGUACAUGCUCUUGUUAUUGAGGCAGCUAUGUCUAUUGCAGCAGGUAUCGAACCAAUCCCAGUGUCUAGUGGGCUAGGUGGUGCCUACUUUUUGCCCAGUCGAAAUGGUGAUGUCAUUGCUGUAGCCAAGCCUAUUGAUGAAGAACCUCUAGCCUUCAAUAACCCAAAAGGGUUUGGGAGAUUGAUGUUGGGGCAACCUGGAAUGAAACGCUCGGUUCGUGUGGGUGAAACUGGCAUCCGUGAAUUAGCUGCUUAUCUCCUUGACCAUGGUGGGUUUGCAGGUGUCCCUCCAACUGCUCUAGUGAAAAUCUCUCAUGUAGCUUUCAAUGUAAAUGAUGCAGAUGUGGUUUCAUCCACACCCUGUAAGGUUGCAUCUCUCCAACGUUUUGUAGCUCAUGACUUUGAUGCAGGAGAGUUGGGUUGUUCUGGUUUCUCAGUAGCUUCAGUUCACAGGAUUGGGAUUUUGGAUAUUAGACUAUUAAAUCUUGAUAGGCAUGCAGGAAACAUACUUGUCAAGAAACAUGUUCAGCAGGAAGAGUAUGCUGGUGGGGCAGCUGAACUUGUCCCCAUAGACCAUGGCCUUUGCCUACCAGAGCGGCUGGAUGAUCCAUAUUUUGAAUGGUUGCAUUGGCCUCAAGCAGCAGUUCCUUUUUCAGAAGUAAAACUUGAGUAUAUAUCUAAUCUUGAUCCUUUUAAGGAUGCAGAGCUUUUGAGAACAGAGAUUCCUAGUAUAAGGGAGUCCUCGAUACGUGUUCUUAUCCUCUGCACCAUUUUCCUCAAGCAAGCUGCUGCUGCUGGCCUUUGCCUGGCUGACAUAGGUGAGAUGAUAACCAGGCGAUUCUAUGGGGGACAGGAAAACUCAAGCGUGCUAGAGGACCUAUGUGUAAAGGCCAAGGCAAGUGUUGUUGAUCCAUGUAGUGAAGUGGAUGACGAGGAAGAGGAUGAUGAGGAUGAGGAUGAAAGUGGGGUGGAUUCAGAAGAGAUUGGAAUAUUUCAAUUCGACACAGAAAGUGAAGGAAAUUGUGAAGAGGCUAAACUUGCAGAACUCAUACAGACCCCUCACCAUAUGGCUAAACCACCCAAAGUUCCAAGACGAUCUCCAGCUACCUCCCUGUCAAGUCCGAGUGAUGCUCUAUUGUCUCCACUGCAUGCAGAAACUCAAAAGGACGAGUACAAUUCUGGCUUGGAGAUGGAGGAGGAGAAAGGAGAUGAAAGUGAGAACAAGAGCAAUUAUCAAGAAGAUGGCAGAGUAGGGGGUUUGAUGAAGAGCCAGAGUUUCUCAGUUCAGAAGUAUAAUGAGGAAAGUGAGGGAAUAUCAUUUGAGGACUUGAGUGAGGGUGAAUGGGAAUUAUUCCUUGAGAAUUUUGAGAAACUCUUGCCUGAAGAAUUCGAGAGAACAAAAUGCACAACAACUUCAAAGCAAAGGUUGGGAACUUCUUGUAAGUUCUGAAGAAUGACUGCAGGAAAAAGACUAGUAAAGGGAAAGAAUUUGAGAAAAGAGUUACUCAAUUUGAGCUGACCGUUUUUUCAGUCCGGGCAUGAAAUUGAUAAACUGUUAAUUUCAUGUCUGGACUAAUUGAAAAAACCGUCAAUGUGGGCUGCAAAACUCUUUUCCCUUGGUAGUAUGUUGUCUGGUAAUUGUACAAUACCUUGCCUUUAUGAUAUUAGUGUACUGUAGAGUGGAGUGUAGAUAAGGUGAUAAAUAUUUUUUUUAGGGCAUAGAAGAUUGGAAAAGGGAUUGGCAAUAGAAAUGCCAUCCUUUCCAAAAUCUAUUUUUUCACAUUUGCACUUUUUUUAAUUUUUCUUUGCAAUGGUGCUUUGUACAUUAAGAUGGUAUCUAUAUGUACUCCGUUUCUCUAGACAUGACUUUGUAAAUUGCAAUGCUUUUGUUUUAAUAACAAUUUAUUAGAGUU